CCGAACCCCGGAAACUGCUUCGAACGAGCAAGUCGUCCCAGCCUCCGCAAGCGCGUCCGAGACCGAGCGACUCCCCAAGUGAGAGAUUGCCAAUAGUGAACAAAGGCGCCGCCCUCCGAAUAAUCCACUUUAAUGGUGCUCUAGAAAACUUUGAAAAUGGGUGACGGGUUGCUCUCCUUGAAUUGGAACAAUCAUGGGGCAACUUUCUGCCAUACAUUGGCAGCCCUUAGAGGAAAGGACAAAUAUACAGAUGUGACAGUGUCAUGUGAGGGCAACUUUUAUCAAGUGCAUAAGUUAGUGUUGUCUACCUGUAGUGAAUAUUUUGAAAAGAUUUUUGAAAACACUCCAUGUAAACAUCCAGUGAUAGUGUUAAGAGAUGUUCAGUGUGAUGAGUUAGAGUCUCUUCUCAAUUAUAUGUACAAAGGUGUUGUUUCUGUAGCGCAAAGUGACUUGUCGAGGUUAAUUAAAGUAGCAGAACUUUUACAAAUAAAGGGUUUAGCAGUACCUGAUGAGCCACCAAACCCUAGUAAAUCAGGGUCGCAUAAAAGAUCCAAUGAUGAUCGCAUAAGUCCCCGAUCCAGUACAGACAGUCCUUAUCCUAAGAGACGGAGGAGACGUGAAAGUGAUAAUUAUCAACCGGGUACCUCAAGUUCAUCUCACUCUAAGAACAAUGAGUCUCAUGAACCCUCUUGGUCUGAAGACAGAGAUAAUAGACUUUUAGAUGACAGAUUGCAGGAACCACUUCAUUCUCCUGUAACGGUCAAUGUGGAUGAAACUUUAGUUAAGGAAGAGAUUCUAGAUAAUGACAGCGAAGAUCAAGUUCCUGAAACUGAUUAUGGUGGGUUAGAUCAUUCUGGGGAUGCGUCUCAAGAUGCUGGUGGCCUUAUGAUACCAAAAUUUGAUGAUGCUAAAGAUGACGAGGCAGAACCCUCUCCUGUUACUCUUCCUGAUCCUGUUGUAGAAGCCUUAGCAGGUCCUUCUGGACUACAAGGGUGGGCCGAUGGAGGUGACAUUGCGAGAAGAAUGGCUUUGGGAGAAGGCUUUGGCAGUGGUGAAAGCCAAGAUAUGUCAUCUUCUGUCGGCCUUCCCCCUCAAGCCUCAGGACAACCACAGCAGAUGGUGGAGCAGGAGAGCAUCAACCGGAAAGUGCGAAGGACAGGAGGAAGUGACGGCAGCCGAAGGUAUCAGUGUGGGUACUGCAGCUAUUCGACUGAUAACACGGGCAACUUGGCCAAACAUGUCCGGGUCCACACCAAGGAAAAGCCCUUCCAGUGUUCCCUGUGUCCUUUGACUUUUACGCAGAGCAUGAAUUUGAAGAGACACGUGAGAACCCACACUGGCGAAAAGCCCUACAGUUGCAGUUUUUGUCCUUAUAGGGCUAAUCAGAGCACUUCAGUGAAAAGCCACAUAUUCAGCCGACACAGGGAUAAAUUUGAAGAAUCACUGCGUUAACUCUAGUGUGACCAGUGAGAGAACUGAUGGGCCUAGCAGAUUUCCAUGACUGUACUUAAUUUACAUAGAAGGGACAUUUUAAAAGCUUUAUUAAUCUCCAACAUACAUAGAUCCUUUGUGAUCUAUACUCUGUUUUGAAGACAGAGUUGAAAUAAUGACACUUCAUAUAUAAGUGAAUUAUCUUACAUGGGAAUUGGUAAUUGUAGAAUUAGUUAAUAGAUAAAGUUGAAAUUUUUACUUCAGAGAUGUUUUGCAUUUUAAUCUUUUUUAGCUAUUUUACAUGUAUUGUUUUUUGGCUUCUUACCUGGUAGCCACUCAUCACCUGUAAGGAAAUGCUAGCGUAAAAGAGAAGUAUGUACACUGAAGUGUAGUAGAUUGUUGCUGGACAUUCUAUAAAGCUAAGUUUUGGCUCUUGGUAAUUAGUGAAGCUUCAGGAUCACUGACCUUUCCAAGGGUUGAAAGUUUUAGGAUUUUAUCAUUGUUUCAUACAGUACUACAUACGUAUUCAGUUUUAUUUUUUUGUUUUUAGGAUUUAAGGGAAAUGUUCUCUGGUUUUUCUUAUUUAAAUGUAAAGUUAGAAGAAUCAUAGGUUUGGAUACCAUAGAGUAGUAGUGCUUGAUUUGCUUAGUUAAGAAAAAACAAUGAAAAAUUAGUCUUAAAUUUUCUGAUUUGCCUUAAAGUGCUUGGAGUAUUAUCUUGCAAACAUGGUUUGCUUUCAGCUUCAUUAAAUGAUAGAUCAAUACUAGAUGUAUUUUAUAUGUUAUUGUAGUGCAUAACUAAACUCAUGCUCUUUGCAAGCUCACUUUUGUAAGUUUGGUCAAUUAAAUUUUUUUUUUUCUUUCAAGUAUACUGUUAUUGCUGUUCUGUAUCUGCCUUUCUCCCCAAGUCUUGACUUCAUACUGACAUGUUGUCCAGUGUUUAAUAUGAGGAUCAUUCCUUACUUAGAAUCUUUCUUCUUGCUUUCUCAAAGUUUUUGACUCUCGUAAUGUUUGAGAGCUAAGUUUGUCAAUAUUUUGGUUAUGUUGUUAAGUAUGGUACUGUAAGUGUGUCUGUGUCUGUUAUACCUCACAGUUUUGUAACACGCCCUUCUUAAAAUUUGAUAUCCUAAUAUUCCUCUCUCUCUCUCACGCUCUCUCAUGAAACUUUUCUUUAGGUAUAGAUGUAGGGUCACUUCAUACUUGUGAUAGUUACUGACACUGAAUUGAUAAAAAUCAAGUUUUAGUAAAAAGGCAGUAUAUGUAUGUCCUUUUAUUCUUCAUGUGUUCAUGCUGCCAACACCUUGUUUGCUCUUCAAUUUUAUGCUGUUCUGUUAUUGCAUUACUGCUUGAGCUGUCUGAAUUUGUUAGGCAGAAAGAGGUUGGUUUUACUCUGAAAAUGGGUUGGUGUUCACUCUGAAAUGGGGGUUGGUAUUCACUUUGAAAUGGGGUUGGUUUCACUCUGAAAAUGGUGUUGCGUGAAUCUUUUAGGAAAUAUUUGCCUUGUGGAUCAAAUUCUGCGUUUUCAAACUGCUAUUCAGUUGUUAACAUUCUCUCUCUCUCUCUCUCUCUGACAAUAUUGUAGCACGUUUCAGAAGUAUGCACGAGUUGGCUUGAAUUAGUGGCAAUUUUGCCAUGAGUCAAGUUGUAUUCUUAUUAGGAAGGGGCUAUUUGUUUGACAUAAAUAUAACUGCUAUGAAGGAAGUGACUACAGUGCCCAACCUUUUUAUAACUAAAUAUGCAUAUUUUUAAUGGUAAAAAAUUAUAUUUACUAAUUUUCAAAUACUAAUCUAUAUGUAAACAGCAAUAUAUCAAUAUGUACUAGUAAAAUGCUAAAUUAAAAUCACACAAAAUCACAAAACAACUUGCCAUUGUACAUAAACAUGCUCUAUACAAUAUUAGUAUCCUAAAAGAUGUACCUAUAAAGUCAAUAUAAUUUCAAAAUCAUCAUACAACACAGGGAAAUGUCAAUACUAUAUGUAAAGUGUAACUUGGUGCAUUAUGGUAUGCACAGAGUGAUCCAGUAUGCCAAAGAAAAUGUGCAAGUCUAAAUGAUAGGGGUUACUUAAGAGUAACAGUUGAUUUUGUAGCAUGACUUUGAAAUGAUUUUAUGGUGUUCUAAGAUGAUAGUUUGUGGUAUAUUUCUGUCUGAACUGUCAAGUUUGGCAAUGAACUGUCAAAACAGGCAGUUAUAAGUGUUUUAGGGUGUAUAUAACCUACUUAAGAGUAACAGCAGUAGGAGAGUACUGUAAUGUAAAAUUACUUUGGGUAAUUUGGAAUAUAUAUUUUUGUUUGAAAUUAUAUUGAAUUGUUUUAGUAUGAUGAUUUAAGGUACAUUUGUAUUUUAACUGUCAAAUUAAGCAGUGAAAUUUUAAAAUACGCAUUUACAAGUGUUUUAGUUUAAGGGGUACAAGGUAUUUGGCAUUUAUAAGCAAGUUAUAAGCAUUUUUAUGGGGGAUAUUUUGCAUUUCUGUGGUAGGUUCUGGAACCCAUUCCCAUGUAAAAAUGGAGACCACUGUAGUGUUGUUAUUUCAUAUGAAGGACUGCAAAAAAUACCAAUACUGCCUGACUGACUACUAAAACUGGCUGAUUGGUGUACUCAUAAAACUCCUAUAGCAUUAGUACAGUAUAAAGUAGGUUAAUGAAACGAUUACAGGCAGCUCCUGGUUAAUGGUACUUCCUCGCCCAGAAAUAGAUUUUUCCUACGUCAAAAUCCCUUUUAUGGCACUUGUAUAGCCCCCAUAAAAUUGGCGAUUGAUAGUGUCAUAACAGUCCGAGUUUCAGUUAUCGGAUUAACCAAACCCAGCCCCAUAAAUUGCUGCAUUUCAGUUAAUGGGGGUUUUUGCCAAUAACCGAGGACUGCUUCCACUUGAGAAAUGAAAAUGAAAGUAAAAUGUAGCUCAAGUAUUUAAACAGCUGAGUGAGAAGAGGGAAGGGAGCAGCUGAAAAGUAAUAGGCAGAAAGAAAUGCACCAGGGGACCAAGGGGUCACUGCAGGUGCUUUCAGUGUUUUUACAGCGUGCUUCACAAGGCACCUUGUAAGUGGCACCCCUGUACAGUGUAAAGCUGGCAUUAUGAAAGGCAUAUCUUCUUUAUUAUGCAAUCUUCUCUGCAUUUACUCACAGAAUAUUAGUUAGUGUGUUUUCUUUCAAGUGUUAUUGUUGUAAGAAAAGUAACUGAGAAAAAUAGAACUUUUCUUAGGCAAGCAUUAUUAAAUGGUUAAGUUUAAUAAUAAUAACAAUUAAGUAUAAUACAAAAUUGGCUCAUUCUGUUGGUGAGAUGGUUUGUAGACAUAUUUUUUGUAAAGAACAAAUAAA